UACUGUUUUUCUUAAUAAACAAUUUCGCGUUACACAAACAUAGGCGUACAUGCAGCACAAACUGGACUUGUGACUGGUCACUGGUUUAAAUUAAAAAGACGGGCUUCCCACGGACAACCCAAGCGUCCAGCGAUCUGCGACUCCGCGGAGUUUCUAACCAAAACGCUGACCCGAUCCGCGGGCACACUACUGUACGGUCCUCGUGAAACAAGGGAAUUAGGAAGGUCGUACAUUGUUUUCUAUCGUCAUUGCUGCGGCUUCAUCGGAGCCGGACAUCGAAAAGGCAUCACCAACCGGCCAUUACCGGCCGAUGCAUCGCCCGCGGACCAAAUCUUGUGGCUGGCUUACCGCAAUACCCACACUGAACUCCAGUACAGCACUCGUGGUAAACGAUAGCGACUCUGUUUCAGACGUCAUCCAUGUAACCCAAUUAGCCUGUGCUGGUCUCCGCACCGACCCCAUCGCUCUCGCAAGACGAAUCGUUGUUUCCUGGGAAAACCGGUCCCUCGGACGUCCGUAGUGCCCGGCUUGUCUCCGUUCGUCUUGUCUUGUCUUCCGUGGCGUGGGUGGUGCAGGCAAGUCGGGCUGUGGUGCAUUCCAACCACCACGAAGAGCUUCCUUGCUCGGGGACAAAAACCGAGCCUCCCAAACUCCACUGUGCUGAUCUCUCGGUAGUCAUCUGCACCCAAGCCCAGCGAUACGAUUCAGCCUCAGCCUCCACAAAGUCCAUCUUGUGUGCCGCACCAAACGAAAGGGCGGCCCCAAUUGUCUCCGGGGGCUUACUUCCAACUCAAGAUACGGGCUUCUACCAAAAACCCGGCGCCGAAGACAAAUGGGGGUUUACGCGCAGAAUGAACCUCCUUUGGGUUGCACGCCGACUUGACAUGGCAUACCCGCGGAUUCGCCACGGAUGCCCAAAAGCCUCCUUUAAGCUUUCUCUCGUUCGUUUAGUGACGAGGCUACUGUGGCACGCCCGGAUCCUCAGACGCCCUCUGCCCGUCAUUUGAGCCAGGAGCCUGUUUUUUUUUUGCUUGCAUGAAAUGAUAUUCAAAGGAUUCCGUGGCGUAUGACGAUAAAACAGGCCCUACUGUUUUGCUCUCCAUAAAAAGAUCCCCUAGCUGCCAUCCAUCCCCGGUGGAAUUAUCACCCCGACUCUCAAUGCUACCUUCUCAGCUGGUAUAGCUUGCCGACCACUAAUCUAUUUUUUUUACCCUUAUAAGAAACACAUCCCAGUUUCCAACUACACUCGCUGUCUGUGUGUUCCCUGCUCAUUGCUCAACACAGUAUGCAGUUGCUACAUUAUAUAUCGGACCUCGUGCAUGAGGUUGGCGAGGCUCGCAUCGUCGUCGCCGCUGCUGGAGCCGUACGUACUGACUGAUUACUUUUGGGGCGCUCCCCAUUCGCCCGCCACUCGCUAACCCCUGCCAAUGCUUUGCAGGUUGUCGCAUACGCCGCCGGUCUUGUGGUUUAUCGAAUCUGGUUCCAUCCUCUCUCCAAGUACCCCGGACCCAAGUUGCAAGCUGCCUGGUACUUACCGCAUCUCUACCACAACCAUGUUGUUGGCGACGGUGUUCGAAGGGUUGCUCGCCAGCAUGUAAAGUAUGGUCCAAUUGUCCGCAUCGGCCCCAACCACCUCUCCAUCGACGGCUCCAUUGGCUGGAAAGACAUCUACGCUCACCACGCCGGCAAAGAAGAGUUUCGUAAAUCUGUUGUUCCCACGCCCGGUGCCGACCAGACCCUGAUUCUCGCCCCCAAGGAUGCCCAUCGUCGCAUGCGCCGCCAGCUUGCCCACGCCUUUAGCGAUGCCGCGCUCAUUGAGCAGGAGUCCGUCGUCGUCGAUUACCUGGAUCUACUCAUUUCACGUCUGACGGAGCGUGUCGGCAAAGAAAUCAACAUGGUCUCUUGGUUCAACUUUACUACGUUUGACAUCAUUGGCGACCUUGCCUUUUCCGAUCCCUUUGACAGUCUCGCAAGCAACGGCUACCACCCUUGGGUCUUGUCCAUCUUCAAGGGCAUCCGUUCUGCAUCGCAACGCCGCUUCCUCUACAGUUAUCCCAUUCUCUUCCGACUCAUCGAGAUGCUGCCCGCUUCGAUAUCUCCUGUUGGCGCCCUCACAAUCUUGCGCAACAAUGCCGGCAGCAAGGUUACCGCUCGCAUGGAAAAGGGUGAAGAUGGAGGCAAAGGCCGCCGUGACUUUUUGUCCUACAUGAUGCGCAAGACCCGUGAUGGCAAGACCGGUAUGACUGAGGACGAAAUCCGCUACUCGACCCCCACCGUUGUCAUUGCUGGCAGCGAAACUACCGCCACUGCGCUCUCCGGCCUCAUGUUUUACCUGAAGCAGUAUCCCGACACGCAUGACAAGCUCGUCAACGAGAUUAGAACAUCCUUUACAUCGGAGAGCGAGAUUACCAUGCAGAGCACGGCCAAAUUGGAAUACUUGCAAGCAUGUCUCCAGGAGAUUCUCCGUGUGUACCCGCCUGUUCCUGAAACCCCCAGCCGACUGUCUCCUGGCGCCGAAGUGGACGGUGAAUACAUGCCCAAAGACGUCCGACUCUCCGUUUACCAGUGGGCCACAUAUCGCAACCCUAGCCAUUUCCAAGAUGCCGACGACUUCCGCCCCCAGCGAUGGCUAGCUGCUUCGCACCCGCUGUACGAAGCCAAAUACAAGGAUGACCGUAGGGAUGUCGUCAAACCCUUCAGUUUCGGUGCCCGUGACUGCAUCGGCAAGAACCUCGCCAAUGCGGAGAUGCGUCUCAUGGCCAGUCGCCUUUUGUUCCGCUUCGACUACGAUUUGUCCCCCAACCAAGAACGUUGGCACGACUCACAACGGUGCUUUGUUCUGUGGGAAAAGGGUCCUUUGUAUCUGACGCUGAAGAACAGGGAGGCGUAAUCUACACCGCUUGCAGAGAUGUACAGGAGAGGCAACCAAUAAUAUGGAGUCCCUCCAGGCUUGAACUUUAUGACGUUACGACCACGCAUGUUUCGAUUGGUUUCGUUUGCAAACAAUCUAGGUUGCACAAAAUUACUAGUCAAGAAAUUGAAUAUCUAUUAAACGUUUAUCCUAUAUUAUAUGUCUCGCAGAUCCUUGCUUGUGAUUCGCCCGACUUGGCCACCGUUUGCCAGCUGGCCGAUCCCCCGCGACAUGACUGCCAGCAGCAAAACCCACAUCAGACGACAAAAUCUGCAGGGCUUCUGCACACCAAAGGAAGCGCAGUCAUGAUUAAUAAAAAGACAGCCAAGGUCAGGCUAUGAUACGGUGAACAGUUUUAACAAGAGUAUUAGCCAAGGCAAUACGGGCCCGCCUCUUCGGUAGAAAGCAAAUCAGGCUGUACAUCACGUGUGGCCGCGCAAGGCGUCUGCAAUGGAGUCAUCCUUCU